AUCAGUUGAAAAACAGGGGAUUCAUGCAUGUACGGCUACUGGUGGAGAAGUUCAACUACGAUCAUUAUCUGCCCUUAGAUUAUUUUUGCAUUUCUUUAUUUCGGACAAGUCAGCUACUAGCUAGCCUUUAGAGUGCCAAAUACAUGAGCGAGCGACUCUCGUCGUACCUGUAGGGGAUGGGAUUCGAUCAGUUACUGAUCAUGCAUUUAGGUAAAACAAACAUAGCUUGAACUCCAUGGUCUUUUUUUUCUCCUACAUUGGUAGUCUGGCCUGUUCCAGUACUUAACUAAUUGUCCCCUAAAUACGAUGGGAGUGUCAUGGACUGACUGCCGCUCCCAGUUAAUUACGUUCUUCAGCUUGUUAAUUGGGGUAUUCCGUGUUCGCGUUGGACCAGUCGCCGUGAUUGUCUGAUUGAUGGACAAGCCAAAGGCAUCGACCCCGGCUGCUGCUGCUUCCGCACUUGUUGGCCGGAGAGACCACAGCGCCGAGUCGGGGCAGGAGGGUGCCCUCGUGCAAGAGAGGAUGGCGGCUAUGAAGAUUCUGCCAUCAGGCCAUGGUGCCGCCGCCGGCGGCGGCGGCUCAUCGCUCUCGCCACCACCUGCUGCUCCAUCUCCUCUCACUCUUUCUCUGCAGAGCAACAGUACUGCUGGUACGCUACUGGUGGAUGAUGAGGAGCCUGAUUCGCCAACAUCUCCCGGGUCAUGCAGUAUUCCACCCGAUGGUUACCCUCCACUCGUUAGAACCUUUUCUUUCGGCGAAUAUGGGCCACCGCCACAUCCUGUGAAUCGAGAGCUGGCUGCAUGCUACAACAAUGCUAAGAGCAGCUCCACAGCAAGUCCGUGUAUGGAUGCAUCAUUCCAACCAAUUCAAGAAGGCGACGAGCCUCCUAUUUCCGGUGACUUGGGUUACGGUAUGUACUCAUCUGACUACAGCGUAGAGCCUCGGUUCGCCGUUCGUCAGGCAACUGAGUUUGCAGAGAUCGCGCUGCAGUGUCAUAACGAUGAUCCAAGCAACGAGGUGAAGUAUGAACUUGUAAAGGCCACAGUGAGCAGUUACAUGUUUGAAGGUAGUGGUAAUUACGGCCAUGUCAACUUCACCGCCAGGGCAAAGCAAGAUGGUUGUUCAGAGGAGCAGCUGUUCUUUGCAGAGCUGAAUCUGCGAGGCUUGAAAACUUUGACGUGCUUUCGUUCCUUAGAAGGGAAGGAAGAUCGAGUUGGUGGGCGUAUGAGGAUGGACACGGAAGCCAAAGGUGUACACCUGGAGCACUGUUACGCGUGUGAUAAUGAACUGAAGCACCCACGGGAUGGAGCGUCGUAUCAAGCCGGCCAUAGGACUGGGCGACUUCAACGCUAGUAAUGUCCCUAAGCUGUCUACAGUGGAAGCUGCCACGUGGUCACAUGGUUCGAGUGACCGAGUCCUAGACUCGUGUCAGUGUCCACCUAUCUUAUAACUUGCUUGACCCAUGCAUGGCAAGAGUAUGAUGGUCCUGUUUGGUUUUGUGCGCUAGUGAGUGCUAAGAAACUUUGACCGCUAAUUACGAUAUUAAAUAAAGUUAGUUUACAAAAUCAA